AUGCGCACUAGACUGCCUCUAGAGGAUUACCUGGUGCGUCUGAUGCUCCAUGACACGGUCAUCUGCAGCGGCCUCAUUGUGAAUCGGCAUCAAGUGCUUACAGCCGGUGUUUGCAAGCCGGCUCAUAAUCAAGAACCCAGAGUUAAAAUAGUACUUUUCGACAACACUACAAACACUAUAACGCACAGCACUGUGUCCAAGCAUUACACAGCCAAAGAUGCCAGUGAUCUGCUGAUUCUGCUGCAUUUGGGAACCGAACUGAACGAAAGGUUCUCCCAAAAGCCACCCAUCUGUCGGGAUCGACCUCCACCACAUGAGGAUGUGGAGUAUUGGAGUUUGAAUAAAAAAGGGACGAUACUGCGUAAGAGGAUCACUCCCCAAACCUCAAACUCGGACUGCAGGCGUCUUAUCCACGAUCCCGACGGAGUGGUCAUCGGCAAUGACACCGUAUGCCUGAAAAACAGUGAUUUAUCCGAGCGAUGUUUGAAAAAUUUUGGUAUACCUUUCGUGUGGCGCAACACGUUCUGCGGCGUUAAUAUCCUUGGACAUAAUUGUCAAAUUCACGGAAAAACGGAUAUCUUUGUUCGCCUGCUUAACGUUGAUUGA